CAAUGUUUCUAUCUAGAACCUUACAGCAGUGUUUCUCUAAAAUACGAAGCUAGGAAUCCUUAACUAUCCAUUUUCCUAAGAGUUUCUAUCUUUGGGUCUACUUUGUAUUUAAUUACACUGCUCAGAUCAUUGCUGGAUAUUAUGUCCUCCUGUCCUCUAUUCAGAUGUUUCCUUGGUCUGCUACAUUCAUUCUGGAGCCCCAGUGUCCUAGUCAGCGCUCGCCUGCUGAGAUGGUGACCCACACACUCAUGCAGGAGCUGGGCUCUUUGCUGAAGCGCACCAAGCGUUUAUGUCAGGAGAGGGCAGCCGAGAUUCGCAGACGCAGCUCCUGUGUGGACUACAGCUGGCUAGCAGUGACACAACAGAAGCCCUCAUACGAGAUCAUGCCUGGAGAGCUACUAGAGCUUCAGGAACUCUGCUUAAAGAUCCCUCCCUCUCAGUGUGGCCCUGUAAUUCUCAGACUCAGGAAGUUGGUAUCAGAGUUGGAACCGGAGGUGACAGAGGUGCCGCAACUCUUCCGCCUGGUGCUGUGUGACUGUCUGGACGAGCAGCAUGAAGACUUAACAUUCAGGGAGAGAUCUCUGCGGGCUCGAGCCAUCUUCUGGAGCCAGCAUCGUAGUAAGAGCAUCUUCUCUAUUGGCCUGUCCUCACACCAGUGUCUCAAAAACCACUGGAGCAAAGGUGAAGCUGGACAGGACAGAGAGACGCUGUGCGAAGAGGAUCAGGCCUGGGCCAAGGAUGAAGAGCUCGGAGUGGUGGUCCCACUUCGCCGGAGAGUCAGGAGCAUGCCCGAUUUCAGCUCCAUAAAGGAGAGUGCACAAACCUGA